AUGUCUGCCGGAUUGCCUUUUCUGCAUAAGCAGCGCAAGCCCACGCUCCUGGAAUGGGCUCAUAUCACCGACCUUCAGGACUAUGAGAACAUGACCAAGCCCGACCUCGCCACCGCGCUUGAUUCGCAUCUCCAGCUUAACCAAUCUAUCUUCGACAAUGACCCCCGCCUAGAAGAUUAUUACCGACGUUUGUCGGGUUCUCCGCGCUUUCUGUCGCCUGCCAAGCAUUCGCCUAUCAAGACUUCGCCGACGAAGAGAGCGCCCAAGGUCGAGGCCUCCCUGUCGGCAGAUGAAGCUCCCAAGUCUACGCGCAAGAGGACCGCCAAGUCCAAGGCGGAGUCUGUGCAAACGGAUGACUCAGAUGUUCCUCAGACUCCCGGUCAGAUGUUGGUAAGCGUCCAGCCCCCGUUGUCCUCCUUGGCAGCGGCGCUUCCGCCCUCGCCUGCGGUGGUGACUGAUGUGAUUGAUCGCCAAACGGCCGCGUGGAGUAAGAACCUCAAGGAAUUGUGGGAUGCUUUGGGAGUGCAGGAGCAGUCGGAUUCGCUGCGCUCGAGCCUGAGCAGCGUCAAAACGAUUGGAGCCUUGCUGUGGGGAAUUGAAACUUUCGGUGUCUUGCGGCUGUUGUUCCCUCUGAGACCGUUGGCCCGCGUGCCCGCUGCUGAAGCGGUUUAUUUGCCGGCCUUCACGCUCUCGGCUCCUGAUGUCUUCGUUCUGGUUGAGAGCACCUUCUGGACUGCUUUUUGCGGGUGGCUUUUCACCAGUUUGAUUGUUCCCUUGACAGUCGCAUACUUCUUCAACCUCAGCUUGCAGGCGUCUCAAGCCGGUGGGCCGGCGGCUAACACCCGGCGCCAGCGGGCAGCGGCGCAGCUCGCCAGCUUCGAUCCUCUGACCUUCCACAUUGCCAAGGCGCUCAUUGGGUACCUUGUUUACACAGGGAAGUUCACCUUUUGGGGCCUCUUCCAUGAGGCCGCUAUCGAGGACAUCAACAGUGCUAUUCCGGGCCACUGGCCCGGGGUCAUCACUGGUUCGGCGAUCGGCGUGAUCACGACUCUAUAUGAAGCUAUUCUGAGGAGGUAG